CAGUGUGGUGGACCAGUGUGGUGGACCAGUGUGUGGACCAGUGUGGUGGACCAGUGUGGUGGACCAGUGUGGUGGACCAUUGGGGUGGACCAGUGUGUGGACCAGUGUGGUGGACCAUUGGGGUGGACCAGUGUGUGGACCAGUGUGGUGGACCAGUGUGGUGGACCAGUGGAAGGUCUCUCACACAGCUCCACAUCUCUGCUCAUGGCUGACACAUUUCCACAUCUCUACCAACACCUGACACAUCUGACCCACCUCCCUGCCCCACAGCUGACACAUUUCGCCCCUGCCCCACAGCUGACACAUUUCGCCCCUGUCCCUGCUCCACAGCUGACACAUCUCGCCCACGUCCCUGUUCCAAAGCUGACACAUCUCAGCAUCCCUGCUGCACAGCUGACACAUCUCACCCACAUCUCUAACACACUAAUGGAGGAGAACAAGGCAACACAGUGACGAGGUACAACAUGGGAGACAACAGUCAUUCUUGCCGUGGCUUUGAGACACCAACUCUAGGAAGCGAUCUCUGGCCAAUGGGAUUCGAUGUUGACCUUGCCUUGGAUGGCCCAGGGGCUCGAAAAGGCCAUGGCAGCAGUUUGGGCUCCAGUGGUCUUGGGAGUGGGGGAUUAAACUCCCUCCAAUCAACAGGAAAUUCCUCAGUCAGCGGAGGGUACAAUGAUAUUCAUCAUCUCCCCGGCUUGUCUUCAAUCUUGCACAGAUUUGAUGAUUUACAUGCUGGGGAUAUAUUCCAAAUGACAGACCUUACUAAUUCUUUACCUAAAGGAGACAGUGAGACUGCUCAGAGUCUUUUGGCCAAGUUAGCAUGUCAAGAUUUAGAACCUGAAUUGUCAUCUGGAGCAGAUCCAAGUCAUAAAGAAUUAGAAACUUCCUUAUUUGACCAAGCUGCAAGUGGCAUGGCUCAUGGUCCAGGAAAUAGCAGUCAGGGUGUUGUUUCGUCUCAUAAAACACCCUUAGAAUCAGCUGAAGUGUAUGGGAGAAUGACCUGUUACAGCGGAAAACUUGUUCUUCAGCUCCGGCACAUAAACUUUAACACCAACUAUACCUUAAAUGUGAGUGAAUGUUGGUUAUGUGGAGAGAAAGUGAAUACAGGAUCACAGUUGUGUACCCAUAAACACUCGUUAAAUGGACUGUUUCAGGUUAAUGAUGAGUUUGUACAGAUGGACAUAGAUCAUUAUAUAAUUCCAGAACAAGCUCUAGAUCCUCCUGAUACUCAUGACAUGACAGAUAGUGUUCCUCAACAUUCUGAAUCAGGUUUGCACCAUGAUCUUGGUACUUCACGAGAUUUAGAGUUGCCGGAAAAUCUAGCAGGCGGUGGAGAUGGCUUCAACAUGAGCGCAGGGGGCCCUGCUUUACAUUAUUCAGCAGGUUCAGACACAGGAUUAGUGCCUCCUUUGAGUGCUGCUUCUAAUCUCAUGAGUCAAGCUAUCCCUGCUAGCCACAAUUCCUGUUUAAACUCAUCAUUUGGACAGCUGCCCCUCCCAGGAAUGCCCAUAACAAGCAAUCACAUUGGAAUAAAUUCAAACAUGCCUGUUAUGGCUAUUCCAGGAAAUGUCACACAAACAACACAGCCAGUGUGCUCAGUCAGUACUCCAGUGUUUGGUAUAAAUCAUGCAGAUCCUUCAUCAACGAGUGCGAUAUUAACAUCCCCUCAGAGUGCAAGAAAAAUAUCGAUGCAAAGCAGCCAAGCUUCUGUGGUUAAUGGUUACUCUAUGGGAAAUGGACUGAAUAAUUUCAGUAUAAAUAACCAAAUAGGUAAUGGACCACUUCAUAACCAGCCUGUGCAUCGUGAUCUUGUAAAUCGAAAUAAGCAUCAACUACAGUAUCACCUGCCUUUUUCAAGUGGAGGAGAAUAUUCUUGCCAUGCAUCAGCAAGUAUUGAUACUAUGGUGGAGAAGCAUAGUGAGGUGCCAUGUUUAACACCUUUGCACACAGUGUCCACAAACUUUGAUUCACGUCUACACAGAACUGACCUGGCUCCUAGAAAAACUGAAAUAGGUGCAAAGAAAAGGAAAAGCAGAGCUCGGAGAAAGCCAAGUGUCAUUCAGAUGCGUGAAUACAAAACUGAUGUACCACAAAAUGCUAAUGGAAAAUUCUUGAAAGCUGAACCUCUUGACAGUUUGCCAUUGAAAAAUUAUAAUGCGGGGACAAUGGAAGGUGUGCAUGUCAAAAAUGAGCAUGUUGAAAACAGGCAAGCAUCAAGACCUGAUGCUAGUAUUGAAGACUGGAUUAAACAUAAUCUUCCAGAGGGGGAUCUAAUAGUGACUGAUAAUAAGGCAAGAUCUGGUGAUAGCCACUACAAAUCAACUUUAGACUUGAAACAUGGAAAUAAAUCAUCUUGUGAAGUUAUUGAAAAAUCCACGAAACAAUAUGCAUAUCAUCAGAAGCCACGUGAGCCUGAUCAAACAUCUCGGUUAGCAGCCCACAUGUUAAGCAAGGGGUUAGAUCUCUCAUGUCGCUUGUGCCCAAAGGAUUUUGGGAAAGAUAUUAGAAAUUACAAAAUACAUAUGAAGGAACAUGGUUUAGAUGAAGUAGCAUUCUUUGCUUGCUCCUUUUGUACAAAAACAUUUGCAAAAGGCAAACACUAUACUCAGCAUCUUAAGACACACGUGAGGACACGACGAUUUUCUUGUCAGCUAUGUAGUGCAAGUUACAGUCGUGAGGCUAGGCUUCGUAGACAUAUAUUAAGUCAUAGUCGAGAACAUCAGGAAAAAAAACACAAGUGUUCAAAGUGCCCAAAAUCGUUCACUACAAAAGAAUAUCUUCAAGCUCACCUAAAAGUUCAUGGUGGUAAAAAAUAUAAAUGUGAAACCUGUGGGUUCCUGUGUUCCUCACUGUUUAAUUUAGAUACUCACAAGAAGAAACAUUUAGGUGAUAAACCAUUCAAAUGUGAAUUGUGUGAGAAAACUUUUGUUAGACGAGAUUUCUUGGAUAGUCAUAUGGAGCAGGUACAUAAGAAUAAUAAAAGUAAAUGUGAAGUGUGUGGUAAACUAUUCUCUAGAAAAGAUGUCUUGAAGAGACACCUUGCUGUACAUAACAAUGAAACUUAUGAUUGCGAGGUGUGUGCAAAGAAAUUUUCUCGUAAAGAUAGACUUGCUUCUCAUAAAAAAUUACAUAAGCUAACCUCAGAUUAUAAAUGUUCUCUUUGUCCUGUAUCGUUCACAAGAAAAAAUGUUCUAGAUAAACAUGAGAGAGUACAUAAAACUAAAGAACAGUGUAAAAUUUGUUACAAAUUCCUCUCCAAACAAAGAUUAGAGUGUCAUAUGAAACUUCAUGAGAAAAAUGGCUCAAAACUUGAUGGUGAAGGCAUGAUAAAAUGUGAUAUAUGUGAUAAAUCUUUUACGAGUAAACAUAUCUUGCGAAAGCACUUGAGAAAAAUACAUGGAAAACUCCCUGAGGGCAAAAAGAAAAUUGAAGCCGUGGAACGAGAGAAAAGGUUUGUAUGUCACGUGUGUUCCAAGGGGUUUACUCGUAGUUGCAAUCUCAGCACUCAUCUGUUGAAAGCACACAGCAAAGACUUGGAAGAAGAUGAAUUUGAUGAUCUUUCUUCUGUGCUCCAAUCUCCAAAGCUAGGGAGUAGUAGCACAGGUGGAGAUACAAGCUGCAACCCUUCCUCCUCGUCUGUGUGUACCUUUACGACAUCUCAUCAAAGUUUUUCAACAACCGUGUCAAUGCACAGCACAGUAACAACAUCAGGGCUUCCGGGGCUAAAUCAAGGUAUGGGUAACCCUUCUAGCAUUCUUCCAUUCCCAGUUACUGCACCAGCGUCAUCGCCAACACAGCCUCCACCACUGCCUUUGUCAUCCUCUCAUUUUCCUUCAACUGGUCCUCCUGACUCUCCUAUCAACUUGUCUACCGAUGCCAUCACUGCAGCAGCAUAUCUCUUGGCUUAUCCACCGUACCCAGGUCCUUAUUAAGCCUUCAUCAUACUUUCAUUAUAAUCAUUAUAAUUUUGUCCACUUGUUUUUAUUUAUCCAUUUUUUUUUUAAUGUACUGGCUGUUGCCCACUGAGGCAGGGUGACCUAACAAGAAAAACAUGUUUUUCUUUUUACAUUUAGUAAUUUUAUUUGUUCAUAUUAUACAUAAAUAUUGUUUGUGAUAAGUACCAAAGAACGGCAACAAAAUCUGGUGAAUCUUACAGCUAAUCUGUAAAAUGGAUUUUCCUUUGUUAUAAGUGACUAUAGAAGACUUGUAAAUGGUAGGGUGAUACCAAUAGGCUAUGGAUAAAUACAUUUAUGUACUGUAAAGAGCAUUUAUUAAAGGAAAUUACUCCCAUUCCCACAUCCCUCUCAUAUAUAUUUUGGCUCCCUUUCCUCUGUGCAUCUGUGUUAAUAGUUAACCCUUUCAGGGUUUCGGCCAUACUAGUAGGGCUUACGCACCAGUGUCCAUGACGUACUAGUACGCAUAAAUUCUAGCGCCUUCAAAUCUAGUGAGAAAAAGCUGGUAGGCCUACAUAUGAAAGAAUGGGUCUAUGUGGUCAGUGUGUGCAGUACAUAAAAAAUCCUGCAGCACACAGUGCAUAAUGAGGAAAAAAAAACUUUGACCGUGUUUUUGGAUUAAAACAGUGACUUCGCACUAUAUUUUCGUAUGGUAUUUAUUGUUGUAUUUUAGUUUUCCUGGUCUCGUUGUAUAGAAUGGAAGACAUAUUACAGAAAUUGAGAUGAUUUUGACUGGUUUUACAAUGAAAAGUACCUUGAAAUUGAGCUCAAAGUAGCAGAAAUAUUUGAUUUUUACCAAAGUUCAAAAGUAAACAAAUCAUGCUAAGCAUCCAAUACACGUCAACUGGUGAGUCUAAUAUUCUUUUACAAGUGCGCCGAUAUUAUUUAUACCAUUUCUACACUAAUGCAGUAGUCUGCAUAACAGUAAAUCUUAUUUUUUUUUGUGAGAAUAAAAAUUCAAAGUGGAAAGCAAAAGAAAUGUAAGAGGGGCCUGGGGACAUGACUAAUGAACAGAGGAAAUGUUAUUUUAGUGUCAGGAAUUUAUUUCUUGUUUAUUCUGGACCCUAUUUGGAAAUUGGCAUCUUUUGAAAAUUGUGUGAAAUUGGCAAAAUUGCUAAAUUUUGACCACUGUAUUGGAUAGUUGAAAUCGGUAAAUUGGUGGUUUAUUGUACUCAUUUGAUAGAAAAAUAUGGAGUUCUAGCGAAAUAGUUAUGAUAUUUGUCGACUAGUACAUGGGAAUUGGCCGAAAAUAGGGCUCAAAGUGGGCAAAAUCGCCGAUGCGUAAACAUCGUCGAGACCGCUAACUUCAAGAGAGCAUAAUUCCGUAGGUUUUCCAUCAAAUUUCAUACUUUUGGUGUCAUUAUGAUCGGGAAAAGAUUCUUUAUCUUUUCAUAAGAAAAAAUAAUUUUUUUUUUGAAAUUUGGGGGACCCUGAGAACAAGUCCUGAGAGGGCCUGUGGACCCUGAAAGGGUUAAUGGUCCAAUUUGGACUGAAACAUUAUCAGAUUCAAUAUCUUACAUGUGGGUUAUUUGUCAUAGUAUUGUGCCUUUUUAUUCUUGUAAAGGAAACUUUUUUGCCUCAAGUUGCUUAUUAGUCAUAAUUAGGACUGAAAAACAUUAUCUGUAGCAAAAUGUUUUUUUAACCCUUAAACUGUCAAAACGUAGCUCUACGUUUGCUCGCGUAGCACUCUGAACGUAGAUCUACUUUUUUAAAUUCUUUCUUAUGGAGAAAAUCAAGGGUGGAGCGCUACGCGUGCAAACGUAGAUCUACGUUUGGAUAGAGGCUAAAUAAAUGUCCUUAAUUGUACAUAAGUGUCUUUAUUCAAGAUUAUACAAUCAUUUACAAUAUCUCUAUUAUUAGUGCAGUACUUAUGUACACUUUAUAAAAUAAUUGAAACUUACUUUUUUUAUCACUGAUAACACCUGAGUUAUCUAAAGUACCACUUGUACGUAUUACUGUACUAGUUUAAUUUAAAAUGCUAUUGCUUUACAAAUUGUAUUAAAAAAGAUUGAGAAAUUAAAGGUGAAUAUUCGUAUAUUACAGGGGUCAUGCACUGCUCAAAUUUGCAAACCUUUAGUCCAAUGAAAUGUCAUAUACCAUUGGAAAAUAUACAGCAGUAUAUGUAUUUAUUUAUUGAUAAAAAAUCAGUGUGAUUUAUGUUGUACUAAAUCAGCAGGCAAUUUCUAGUUUCUUUAUUCAGAUAAUUUGUUAUAAAUGCAGCUGUUAAUAUAUAUUUGUGUUGCACUGCUCCCCAUUUGUAUUUGACUAAGGAGAGUCCAAUAUUUGUGAGUGCUAAUAUUGUAGUUUCAUUGAAAAGAUCUUCAAAUAUGAGUACUGUAUUGUAUAUGCUGGUGAAUUCUUUAUUUUGCUACAGAUGCUCUGCAUUAAAGAGGCUAAAUUUAUUAUUACUAAAUUAAUAAAAUGAACAACAAAUUUAACAAAAUAUUUGUACUUGAAAUUCAAGGCAACUUAUGAAAUGUACUUUAAGUACAGUAAUGAAUUGUAAUUAGUCAUUAUAGGGCAUGACACUUAGAAAUAAACAGUAUUGCACAUUUGCUUAGCCUUUGGCAAGGAUUAUUUUUAUUUUGGUACAGGUCCCUAUAUAGUAAAAGAAUUUAGUCAUGCCCUCUGUACUUUACUUUUAGAGCUGCUAAAGAAUUUCCUGAAAGUGCUGUGAUUAAAAGUUGCCUACUCUUAAUGGGUUAUUGAGAGGUUUGUUUGUUAUAUGGCAUGACACAGGCUGUCUUUGGUAAUUUGAAUUAUAAUCUUUACAUUUGUCGGGGAGUGCAACACCUGAGGGGAUUGGAGGCAUUCAUAUUCAAUCCAGGGAAGGGGAGCACUACACCAAUUCCUUAGAUUAAUGUACCUCCUUGAGGGGGCACUAAUACAGCAUGUUGACACAGUCAUGUUAACAGAGUCCUGAUUUUCAAAAAUAAAGCCAAAUAUGUAAUGUUUCAAUGCAGUUGCCACUGGUCAUUAUUGUUGCAUUAUAUUGUAUGUACCAAGAAUGAGAGCAGAGUAUUGUACAGUAUUUAUUUAGCAUAAGAUGACUUAACUCUUAUAUUGCUAUCUGUAUCUGUAUAGUAAACCUUAGACAGAUAGGCACUGAUGGUACACUUAAAUUAUGUUAUUUUUAUUAUAUUUAUAUGAAGUGCUAAAUGCAUUUGGGCCAUUCAACUGGUGGAGGCUUGAUUCUCCAGUCACCAAGAGUGAGACAGAGAGAACUUUUGCAGCCAGGCUUACUGCAUAUAGGAAGGAAUUAGACUGCCAAAUAAUGUACAUGUAUAUUUUAAUUUGUUGAGGUAGGUUCAUUUCCUUUGAUAAGCAUUGGAGAGCCAUGUAGUGUGUUAUAGGAUUUACACCAACUGAUUUAUUAACAUUUUGGUACAAUUAACUUUUGUUUACUUGAACUAUUACUUUUCCCAUGUCAGACAAAACAGUGUUUUGAUAGUUGGUAGGAUUAGUUACAAUGCAUUUAAUCAACCAAAAAAUGGUAAAGUAAAAUUCUUUAUAUACUGUACUUCUUCACUAUGUGAGUUCAGUGACCAUGACUUCAGUGAUUCUUGAGUUAUGUUUGAUAACACUGCUUAAUAUCCACUGCUAGGCUCCCAGAUUCACAAGUCCCAGAUGGUAUUAUUGAUGUGCCAGGUUCCCAGAACCACAAGAUCAUGGAAAGAUAUUAUGCUGUGAACUUUGAUUAUUAUAAUCAAAACUAAGUGCAAAAUCCACCAGGGUCAUACAGUGCUGUGCAAACUUUGAGAAUGGCUCCCAGUGUGCAUGUUGCUUUCAUGUUACAUGUCAUUUAGAUGACCAGUUUGUAUUAAAACUUAUUAAAAAUUGUGCAAACGUUUUUUGACUAACAGUGUCUAAGUAAAAAGGGUUUUUGCUCCAUUAGUGCAUUUUCCACUGAAAUGCGAGGUCAGCAUUGUGCCUGUUAACCAUUUAUCCAUGUGCACCUUGUUGAACACCUGCCUUAGUUAAUUUAGCCAAUUUUUAAUAUAAUUGUGAAUCAUGAGUUAGCACAAUAUAUAUACGCACUAACUCUUCAAAGAAUGAUGAAUGAAUUUGUUAAAAUUUUGAGUGCAUAAUAGGAAGUUGGGGGAACAUUUAGAUUCAGUAUGAUGUUACUAGUGCAUAAUGAUGAUUAGACUAUUUUUUACAUUAUUUGCUUUAUGUACAACAAAUUAUGAAUAAAUAAGUUUUAAAAAUGUCUCUGAAAAUAUUUCAGAAAUGUAAAAAAAAUUAUGCAAAGGUUUAAUAAUUUUUUUUUAUAAAUAUUUUAUCUUAUUGCAAAAGUGAUAAAUUUAAUAUAUUAUAAAAGUGAUGAAAAAUUUAAUUACCUCAAAUAUGGAUACUCUAGAAAGAUUAUAAGAAUACUGCUUGAAUAAACUAUUCUUAGGGAUAUUAUGCACUCGUACACAAGUACAAAGAAAGAGGUAUAAUAACUGGAAAGUUUUAUACUGUACAAUUGUGAUCUUUCAGUAGAAUGAAUUUAGCAACCUAGGGUCAUUCCCAGAAUUGAAAAAUUAGGGGUAACAUUUGGCCUCGUAAAGUGCUAAAGUUGCCAAGUAUUAAAUCAAAGACAUCGACUGAGCAUGCAGUUAUUGAAAUGGUGUUUCACUUAGUGUGAGCUUUAUCACACUAAGUGAAAACAGCGUGUUCUGUCUACAUCCUUGAUUUACUACACAUCAGCUUCAUACUUGCCAAGUACAGUAAAGCCUUGAUUUAAUGGACUGAUAGGGGGAUUAUCUGAGUAUUUGUGUAAUCUGAAUGUUAACAAGUGAAAAAACCACUGUAGUGCUCUAUAUAUAUAAUACAGUAAUGUACACAAAACUUAAGAUAUGCUGUAAUGAACAUUGAAAAUAAAGCAGAUUUUGUCUGAUUUUCAGAGGUCUGUUAAAUUGAGGAUUUACCAUUUAAGACUAUGAUCUCAGACUGUACAAUAUAUGAUUUACUAAAUUUACACUAAGGCAUCCCUCAUGAAAGAAACAAAAAAAGUUUGUGGUUAGGGUUUUUGGACAACAUACAUUUGACCACAAAAAAAUUGUGUAAAAUUUUUGUUUUAAAAGACAGACUUGCCUAGCCUAAAUAUUAUAGAGUAUGUGUGCAUUGAUGUAUGCACAGUACCAUGGUUUGAACUUACUUGGGCAACUGAUAUUACCACGUCCUGUGUUGCUGGACGUCAACAAAGUAUACUGUAGACGAGUAAAAUAUUUUUAUAACCAACUUACUCUUUAUUUUCAGUAUUAAUAAGAAACAUUUUGUUUUGGCCUAAUGGGCUUUUGUAAUUUAAAGUUAAAAUUUAAAGGUUUAGAUGAAAUUGAUCCUAUCAUUGUUAAUUUGUAAAUACCAAAAUAUAUAGUUUAUUAUAAAUGUAAUAUUUCGGAUUUUUUGUAAGUAUACAUUGCAUUACAAAUAUCAUUAAAGAAAUUAUUUGUU